GUUGAGAAACAAACACUAUAAGAUGCAGCAUUCACCACCUUGGAUUGCACCAACCAAAAUCUUUACAGUCAAGAAAAGCUAAAAUCUAGUGUCAGCAUUAUUAGCCUGGUUUUUCUGCCUGCUGUCAGAGAGGUCAUCAUGAUUAUGUCGCUGAGCUGCUGGAUAUGUUUGGUUGCUCUAUCACUGACCCCGAGCCAUGGUUUAAGAAGAAUUGCUCUCAAGAAGAUGCCAUCCAUCAGAGAGACUCUACGGGAGAUGGGAGUUUCUCCAGAGCAGGUGUUGACUGAGCUGGCCCAGAUGAACACGCCAGGCCCAAACAAUGGAACUGUUCCCACACCAUUAACCAACUAUUUGGAUACUCAGUACUUUGGGGAAAUCAGCAUUGGUUCCCCUCCCCAGAUGUUCAACGUGGUGUUUGAUACAGGUUCUGCCAACCUGUGGGUGCCCUCACAGAGCUGCUCGCCUUUCUCCACUGCCUGCUUUACUCACAACAGAUAUGAUUCAUCCCAGUCCCACACUCAUGUUGAGAAUGGCACCGGGUUCUCAAUCAAUUACGCUUCUGGAACCAUCAGGGGAUUUCUGAGCGAGGAUGUUGUUGUGGUUGGUGGUCUCCCUGUUGUUCAAGUAUUUGCUGAAGCGACCUCCUUGUCUGCCAUGCCAUUUAUUUUUGCCAAGUUUGAUGGGGUCCUAGGGAUGGGUUAUCCCAGCGUGGCCAUCGAUGGUAUUACUCCAGUGUUUGAUCGCAUCAUGUCUCAGCACGUCCUUAAAGAAGAGGUGUUUUCAAUCUACUACAGUAGGGACCCAAAGCACUCCCCUGGUGGAGAACUGCUCCUCGGGGGAACUGACCCAAACUACUACACUGGAAAUUUUAACUAUCUGGAAACAAGGGAGAUGGGAAAAUGGGAAGUCACCAUAAAAGGGGUUUCUUUGGGGGCGAAGAUGAUGUUUUGUGAAGAGGGCUGCACAGCUGUGAUCGACACAGGCUCCUCCUACAUCACAGGCCCAGCCUCCUCUGUCUCUAUGCUGAUGGAAACUAUUGGUGCUCAGCUGGACGAAACUGGAUAUAAAGUUAACUGUGAGACAGUGAAGAUGUUGCCCAGUGUGACAUUUCUCCUGGGAGGCCAAGAGUAUGCUUUGACGCAUGAAGAUUACAUAAUAUGGCAAUCACAGAUCGAAGAGGAUGUCUGCAUCGUCUCGUUCAGGGACUUGGAUGUGCCACCACCUACAGGUCCUGUCUGGAUUUUGGGAGCAAACUUCAUUGCCCGGUACUACACAGAGUUUGAUCGUCGCAAUAAUAGAAUAGGGUUUGCUACAGCAGUCUGACAAGAGCUUAAAGCCUAAAUAUAUUAACCUGUCUCCCAAUUUAUUUUUGCUGCUCAUUUCAAAUAUCAUCUUGCCAUCUCUAAUUGAACACCUUACAUUUGUCCAUGUUUGAAAACUUUAUUUUAUUCUAAUUUAAAUCAGAAACAAAGAAGAAUGCAAGGCAUUUACUAAAUAUUUGUUUCUUUAUCUAACACAGUUUGCACUGAAGGCCAUAAAAGUUUUUUUUCCACUUUUGUUUAUGAGCAAAUUUAAUCUGUUCAUCACUCUGCUUGUAA